AUGAGGUUCGAGAGAACAUUGUUGGUGGUAUUGCUACUUAUUCUACUCCACCAUAUUUCUGCUACCAAGGACCACCAAGAACACCGUUGUCCACCUUCUUCCUGUGGUAACAUCACCAACAUCACUUAUCCUUUUCGAUUACAAGGCGACCCAGAGAGCUGCGGUGACAAAAGGUACGAACUUGGUUGUGAGAAUAAUGUUACUGUGUUGUAUCUGAACUCUACAGAAUACCAUGUUCAAGCAAUCAACUACGACAACUACACCGUGAGAGUGGUUGACCCUGCACUUCAACACCACAACUGCUCCUCCCUUCCUCUCCGUUCCCUUUCUCGCUCCAAUUUCUCUGAUACUUACACUGAUUCUGGGGAUCUAUACCAAGCCGGUCUAUAUCCGAAUUUUAAUUGGGAAUCUCUGAGUUUCGAGCAUAUAGUGUUUCUGAACUGUAACCAUUCAGAGAGAGAGAAUGGGAAGUAUGUGAAGAGUGGUGAGUGCGUGAAGUGGGACUCAAAGGGCUAUGCAUAUGCUGUGGUUGGUGACCUAAAAGCUGAGGACUUAGAAGUUGGGUGUGACGUGAAGCUUGUUGCUCCCACAUCGUUCAGGACUUUCAAUAACCAUUCCUACGCUGCCAUUCACAGUGCUCUCGCCCAUGGAUUUGAGAUUUCUUGGAUAAAUCUCGCCUGUCAGAAUCAUUGUCCUAAAGGUUUUUGCUAUUUCGACUCUUCUAGUAUUGUCAUUUCGGCAUGGGCCUACAAAAUUUUGUUUGGAUUGCCAUUUUUAAUUGUGAUUUUCAUAUGUAAAUGGAGGAAAAGACAUGCAUCAAUGUAUCAAAAUAUUGAAANUUACCUUCAACAAAAUCACUUAGCACCUAUCAGAUACUCAUACGAGGAAAUUAAGAAGAUGACCGGAAGUUUUAAAGAGAAGUUAGGUGAAGGAGGAUUUGGCUCUGUGUUUAAGGCAAAGUUGCGCAGUGGACCUUUUGUGGCAAUCAAAAUGUUAGGUAAAGCCAAAGGAAAUGGACAAGAUUUUAUCAAUGAAGUUGCAACUAUUGGAAGAAUACAUCACCAAAAUGUGGUUCAAUUAAUUGGAUUUUCUGUUAGUGGCUCAAAGCGCGCUCUUGUUUAUGAAUUCAUGCUCAAUGGAUCUCUUGAUAAAUUU